CCGCCGCCCCUCGCGCCCCAGGGGCUCAGCUGAUCCUGAAUUGGCGGGGGGCGGCUGGCGGGGCUGGAGGUCCCCUGCGAUCUCCGGCUUCGGGGGGACGCGUCGCCCCCGCGUCUCUAACCUGGACCACCCCCCGCUGCCCGGCCAAGUCCAUGCCAAGGGCUCCCCGCUCAGUGCCGGCGACAUGGCUGAGAGCUCCUCGCCGCCCUCCUCCUCUGCCGCAGCGGCAGCCCCGGCUGAGGCUGAGCCGGGAGUCACGGAGCAGCCAGGGCCCCAGAGCCCGCCUCCCUCCCCUCCAGGCCUGGAGGAGCCUCUGGAUGGAGCUGACCCGGAUGUCCCUCACCCGGAUCUGGCACCCGUGGCCUUCUUCUGCCUGCGACAGACCACCAGCCCCCGGAACUGGUGCAUCAAGAUGGUGUGUAACCCGUGGUUCGAAUGUGUCAGCAUGCUGGUGAUCCUGCUGAACUGCGUGACACUUGGCAUGUACCAGCCCUGCGACGACAUGGACUGCCUGUCCGAGCGCUGCAAGAUCCUGCAGGUGUUUGACGACUUUAUCUUCGUCUUCUUUGCCAUGGAGAUGGUGCUCAAGAUGGUGGCCCUGGGCAUUUUUGGCAAGAAGUGCUACCUUGGGGACACAUGGAACCGACUGGACUUCUUCAUUGUCAUGGCAGGGAUGGUCGAGUACUCCCUGGACCUUCAGAACAUCAACCUGUCGGCCAUCCGCACCGUGCGCGUCCUCAGGCCCCUCAAAGCCAUCAACCGUGUGCCCAGUAUGCGGAUCCUGGUGAACCUGCUCCUGGACACGCUGCCCAUGCUGGGGAACGUCCUCCUCCUCUGCUUCUUUGUCUUCUUCAUCUUUGGCAUCAUCGGCGUGCAGCUCUGGGCCGGCUUACUGCGCAACCGCUGCUUCCUGGAGGAGAACUUCACCAUACAAGGGGAUGUGGCCCUGCCCCCCUACUACCAGCCAGAGGAGGAUGACGAGAUGCCCUUCAUCUGCUCGCUGUCUGGGGACAAUGGCAUCAUGGGCUGCCACGAGAUUCCCCCGCUCAAGGAGCAGGGCCGCGAGUGCUGCCUGUCCAAGGACGAUGUCUACGACUUUGGGGCGGGGCGGCAGGACCUCAAUGCCAGCGGGCUCUGCGUCAACUGGAACCGCUACUACAACGUGUGCCGCACGGGCAGCGCCAACCCCCACAAGGGCGCCAUCAACUUUGACAACAUCGGCUAUGCCUGGAUCGUCAUCUUCCAGGUGAUCACUCUGGAGGGCUGGGUGGAGAUCAUGUACUACGUGAUGGAUGCUCACUCCUUCUACAACUUCAUCUAUUUUAUCCUGCUCAUCAUAGUGGGCUCCUUCUUCAUGAUCAACCUGUGCCUCGUUGUCAUAGCGACCCAGUUCUCGGAGACCAAGCAGCGGGAGCACCGGCUGAUGCUGGAGCAGCGGCAGCGCUACCUGUCCUCCAGCACGGUGGCCAGCUACGCCGAGCCCGGCGACUGCUAUGAGGAGAUCUUCCAGUACGUCUGCCACAUCCUGCGGAAGGCCAAGCGCCGCGCCCUGGGCCUCUACCAGGCCCUGCAGAGCCGGCGUCAGGCCCCGGGCCUGGGGGUACCCACCUCCGCCAAGCCGGGGCCCCACGCCAAGGAGCCCAGGCACCACAAGCUGUGCCCAGGCCACAGCCCCCAGGACCCUCAUGCGCUGGUGCAGCCCAUCUCCGCCAUGCUGGCCUCUGACCCUUCCAGCUGCCCCCGCUGCCAGUGUGAGGCGGGCCGGCGUCCCUCGGGCCAGGAGGGCUCGGGCUCCGGGGACUCGGAGGGUGGCGAGGCCGAGGCAGAUGGGGACGGGGCCCGGAGCAGCGAGGACUGCACCUCCUCGGGGCUGGGGAAGGAGGACGAGGAGGAGCCUGCGGAUGGCGCCGCCCGGCUGUGCGGGGAUGUGUGGCGGGAGAUGCGAGCCAAGCUGCGAGGCAUCGUGGACAGCAAGUACUUCAGCCGGGGCAUCAUGAUGGCCAUCCUGGUCAACACCGUCAGCAUGGGCAUCGAGCACCAUGAGCAGCCCGAGGAGCUGACCAACAUCCUGGAGAUCUGCAACGUGGUCUUCACCAGCAUGUUUGCCCUGGAGAUGCUCCUGAAGCUGGCCGCCUUCGGGCUCUUCGACUACCUGCGCAACCCCUACAACAUCUUUGACAGCAUCAUUGUCAUCAUCAGCAUCUGGGAGAUCGUGGGGCAGGCGGACGGCGGCCUGUCGGUGCUGAGGACCUUCCGGCUGCUGCGGGUGCUGAAGCUGGUGCGCUUCAUGCCCGCGCUGCGCCGCCAGCUCGUGGUGCUCAUGAAGACCAUGGACAACGUGGCCACGUUCUGCAUGCUGCUCAUGCUCUUCAUCUUCAUCUUCAGCAUCCUCGGGAUGCACAUCUUUGGCUGCAAAUUCAGUCUGCGCACAGACACGGGCGACACGGUCCCCGACAGGAAGAACUUCGACUCCCUGCUGUGGGCCAUCGUCACUGUGUUCCAGAUCCUCACCCAGGAGGACUGGAACGUCGUCCUCUACAACGGCAUGGCCUCCACCUCCCCCUGGGCCUCCCUCUACUUUGUUGCCCUCAUGACCUUCGGCAAUUACGUGCUCUUCAACCUGCUGGUGGCCAUCCUGGUGGAGGGCUUCCAGGCAGAGGGCGACGCCAAUCGCUCCUACUCAGACGAGGACCGGAGCUCAUCCAACAUGGAGGAGUUUGACAAGCUCCAGGAGGGCCUGGACAGCGGUGGAGAUCCCAAGCUCUGUCCAAUCCCCAUGACCCCCAAUGGGCACCUGGACGCCAACCUCCCUCUGGGUGGACACCUGGGCCCCGCUGGGACUGUGGCACCUGCCCCCCGCCUCUCACUGCAGCCGGACCCCAUGCUGGUGGCCCUGGGCUCCCGCAAGAGCAGUGUCAUGUCACUGGGGAGGGUGAGCUACGACCAGCGCUCCCUGUCCAGCUCCCGGAGCUCCUACUACGGGCCGUGGGGCCGCAGCGGGGCCUGGGCCAGCCGCCGCUCCAGCUGGAACAGCCUCAAGCACAGGCCGCCGUCGGCCGAGCACGAGUCCCUGCUCUCGGGGGAGCGCGGCGGCGGGGCCCGGGCCUGCGAGGGCGCCCGGGAGGAGGGGCCGCCGCGGGCUGCGCCCCUGCACGCCCACCACGCGCUUCACAGCGCCCAUCCGGCGCACCGUCACCGCCACCACCGCCGGACGCUGUCCCUCGACACCAGAGACUCGGUGGACCUGGCCGAGCAGGUGCCGUCUGUGGGCGCCCACCCCCGGACCGCCUGGAGGGCGGCGGGCGCGGUCACCGGGCACGAGGACUGCAAUGGCAGGAUGCCCCACAUCGCCAAGGACGUCUUCACGAAGAUGGACGACCGCCGGGAGCGCGGCGAGGACGAGGAGGAGAUCGACUACACUCUGUGCUUCCGCGUCCGCAAGAUGAUCGACGUCUACAAACCUGACUGGUGCGAAGUCCGCGAGGCCUGGUCCGUCUACCUCUUCUCCCCCGAGAACAGGUUCCGGGUCCUGUGUCAGACCGUCAUCGCCCACAAGCUCUUUGACUAUGUCGUCCUGGCCUUUAUCUUCCUCAACUGCAUCACCAUCGCCCUGGAGCGGCCGCAGAUCGAGGCCGGCAGCACCGAACGCAUCUUCCUCACCGUGUCCAACUACAUCUUCACAGCCAUCUUCGUGGGCGAGAUGACGCUGAAGGUGGUCUCGCUGGGCCUGUACUUCGGCGAGGAGGCGUACCUGCGCAGCAGCUGGAACGUGCUGGACGGCUUCCUCGUCUUCGUGUCCAUCAUCGACAUCGUGGUGUCCGUGGCCUCGGCCGGGGGAGCCAAGAUCCUGGGGGUCCUUCGGGUCUUGCGGCUCCUGCGCACCCUACGCCCCCUCCGUGUCAUUAGCAGGGCACCUGGCUUGAAGCUGGUGGUGGAGACACUCAUCUCGUCCCUGAAGCCCAUCGGCAACAUCGUCCUCAUCUGCUGUGCCUUCUUCAUCAUCUUCGGCAUCCUGGGGGUGCAGCUCUUCAAGGGCAAAUUCUACCACUGUCUGGGCGUGGACACCCGCAACAUCACCAACCGCUCGGACUGCGUGGCCGCCAACUACCGCUGGGUCCAUCACAAGUACAACUUCGACAACCUGGGCCAGGCCCUGAUGUCCCUCUUUGUCCUGGCCUCAAAGGACGGCUGGGUGAAUAUCAUGUACAACGGACUGGAUGCUGUCGCUGUGGACCAGCAGCCCGUGCCCAACCACAACCCCUGGAUGCUGCUCUACUUCAUCUCCUUCCUGCUCAUCGUCAGCUUCUUUGUGCUCAACAUGUUUGUGGGCGUCGUGGUGGAGAACUUCCACAAGUGCCGCCAGCACCAGGAGGCCGAGGAGGCGCGGCGGCGCGAGGAGAAGCGGCUGCGGCGCCUGGAGAAGAAGCGCCGGAAGGCCCAGCGGCUGCCCUACUAUGCCACUUACUGUCCCACCCGGCUGCUCAUCCACUCCAUGUGCACCAGCCACUACCUGGACAUCUUCAUCACUUUCAUCAUUUGCCUCAACGUGGUCACCAUGUCUCUGGAGCACUACAACCAGCCCACGUCCCUGGAGACAGCCCUCAAGUACUGCAACUACAUGUUCACCACCGUCUUUGUGCUGGAGGCUGUGCUGAAGCUGGUGGCGUUUGGUCUGAGGCGCUUCUUCAAGGACCGGUGGAACCAGCUGGACCUAGCCAUCGUGCUGCUGUCCGUGAUGGGCAUCACACUGGAGGAGAUCGAGAUCAAUGCGGCCCUGCCCAUCAACCCCACCAUCAUCCGCAUCAUGCGUGUGCUGCGCAUUGCCCGCGUGCUGAAGCUGUUGAAGAUGGCUACAGGAAUGCGGGCCCUGCUGGACACGGUGGUGCAAGCUCUGCCCCAGGUGGGCAACCUGGGCCUCCUCUUCAUGCUGCUCUUCUUCAUCUAUGCCGCGCUGGGCGUGGAGCUCUUCGGGAAGCUGGUCUGCAAUGACGAGAACCCAUGCGAGGGCAUGAGCCGGCACGCCACCUUCGAGAACUUCGGCAUGGCCUUCCUCACACUCUUCCAGGUCUCCACCGGCGACAACUGGAACGGGAUCAUGAAGGACACGCUGCGGGACUGCACGCAGGACGAGCGCGGCUGCCUGAGCAGCCUGCAGUUUGUGUCGCCGCUGUACUUCGUCAGCUUCGUGCUCACGGCCCAGUUCGUGCUCAUCAACGUGGUGGUGGCCGUGCUCAUGAAGCACCUGGACGACAGCAACAAGGAGGCCCAGGAGGAUGCCGAGAUGGACGCCGAGCUGGAGCUGGAGAUGGCCCACAGCCUGGGGCCCAGCCCGCGGCCGGCCAUCAGCUCCCCGGGGGCACCGGGCCGGGGGCCCGCAGGGGUGGCCGGCGGGGCCGAGGCUGAGGGGCACCGGUGCCCGCGCUGCUACUCGCCAGCCCAGGAGAACCUGUGGCUGGACAGCGUCUCUUUAAUCAUCAAGGACUCCUUGGAGGGGGAGCUGACCAUCAUCGACAACCUGUCUGGCUCCAUCUUCCAUCACUACGCCUCACCGCCUGGCUGCGACAAGUGUCACCAUGACAAGCAGGAGGUGCAGCUGGCCGAGACGGAGGCCUUCUCCCUGAACUCGGACAGGUCCUCGUCCAUCCUGCUAGGUGAUGACCUGAGUCUCGAGGAUCCCACAGCCUGCCUGCCUGGCAUCAAAGACAACAAGGGUGAGCCGGACCCACCUGCACCCGUGCAUGUGGGGGACCUGGGUGAAUGCUUCUGCCCCCUGUCCAACACGGCCGUCUCAUCGGGUCCAGAGAAUUUUCUGUCUGAGAUGGAAGCAAUCCCGUUCAACCCCAUCAGGUCCUGGCUGAAACAUGAGAGCAGCCAAGCAGCGCCCCCGAGCCCCUUCUCCCCGGAUGCCUCCAGCCCCCUCCUGCCUAUGCCGGCCGAGUUCUUCCACCCUGCUGUGUCUGCCAGCCAGAAAGCGCAGGAGAAGGGCACUGGUGCCGGGAGCCUCCCCAAGAUCGCGCUGCAGGGCUCCUGGGCAUCCCUGCGGUCGCCGAGCGUCAACUGCACUCUCCUGCGGCAGGCCCCGGGCAGCGACGCGUCGCCGGAGGGCAGCCGCAGCAGCUCGGCGGGCAGCCUGCAGACCACUCUGGAGGACAGCCUGACGCUGAGCGACAGCCCGCGGCGCGGCCCGCGCGCGCCCGCCCCGGGCCCCCGCGCCGGCCCGGGUCCCGCGCGGCGCAGCCUGCGCGCGCACCAGCGCAGCCACAGCAGCGGCGGCUCCACCAGCCCGGGCGGCGUGGAGCCCUCGGACGAGGAGGGCGCGCGGCCCGGCGCCGAGCCCGCAGAGCCGCUCAGCAGCCUCUCGCUCACCUCGCUCUUCGCGCCGCCCCCGCCGCCCGCCGGCCUCCCGCCCGCGCGCAGGGUCAGCAGCGCCAGCAGCCUGGCCGCGGGGCUCCGCCCGCCCCGCGCCCCCUGGGCCGCCGCCCGCCGCAAGGACCCGCCGGGCCCGGCCGAGCCGCCGCCGCCCCCCGAGGAGCGGCCGCCCGGAGACGCGGCGAGCAAGAGGAAGAGAUGAGGGCGCGGGGCGCGCCGACGCCGCCCGCCGCCCCGUCUCGCCUUCUCUUACCUCAGGAGCCAGGGCAGACAGCAAUACCUUGUCCACAACCUGGGCACCCGUGCGGGGCCGGCCGGCGCCAGGCCGCCGAGAGGGCGGGAGAGCAGGGUCUCAGAGGCUCCGCCGGGCCGGCCGCGGUCCUUCCCGUGCAUAGACAUAUAUUUAUGCAUAUAGAGAGAGAGACAGACAUAUCUAUUUAUUUUUUUUACUGAGAGCUUAUGACUUCCAGAAAGUGCUAAAGCUGGCAAGCGCAGGCCGGGGCCCAGACGGGGCAUUUGCCUGAUGCGGAGGACCCGGGCCAGGCCCACCCCGGGGCGGAUGGUCCUGCUGGGCGUGGGCAGCUGUGCGUUGUGGGGUCUCCCUCUGGGUUGAGAGUCACUUGGAGAGGGCGCUCAGGCCUCCGAGGGUCCCUGGCUUGGGAGGCAGGCCCAGAAAAAGAGGUGAAAUUCAGGGUGCAUUUUUUUCCUUUAAAGAGAAAACGCUGCUAAGAUCCCCCCCCCCCCACGUGUUGGGGUGUCUGUCUUGUUCCUGACCGUCUAGUUGUUGUGAAGUCUUUUGUAGACGCCCCAGAGCGCACACACUUUUAGUCAACCAGUUAGGUGUCUUUCUUUAGCAAAACCAGGGGCGAGUAGUGGUAUUUUCUUAGGGCAGGGGUGGGGGUGGAGGGAGGGCAGCUCCAAGACUGGGCAGGGGGCUCUGCCCCAGGCGAGGUCCUGGACCCAGUGGGCACUUCUGUGGGCAGGGUCUGCUGUGGCUUUGCCCCCAGGAAGGCUGAGGGUAGACAUCCCGGGGGGGGGGGGGUUGGGGGGGUGCGGUGAAGGGGAUGGACCAGGCCCAGAGAUGCUUGGAAGGUCAAGGGCACCCGCCUGGUCUGUGCUGGUCGGGGCUGCCCUGCCGGCAUCUCCGAGCUCAGGCAGUCAGGCAGUCAGUGGGGUGGGUCCCUGCUGCUUCUGACCUCCGAGGCGGGCCCUGAGCUGUGGCCGUUCCAGGAGGCUGUGCUCCCCUCACCCCCCUGAGCCACUCUGCGCCCACCCCAGUGGGGCUCAGGGUAAAGCAGAUCAGACGGGAUGCUAAGUGGGGGGUGCGGGGGGCACCUGCCUGGCCCUGGGCCGAGCACCCCAAGUCACCUGGAGACCCAUGUGCCUCCCCCACCCCCCCACCUGUCUCUGGGCCUCUGUCCCCCUCCCCUGCAAGCUGCAGAUCAGGUUUCACGACAGCAGUGCUUCCCGAAUGGAUUCACAGACGGGUAUUUUUUAUUGGAAUAGUUAUGCAUUUAUUUCAAUAUUUAUUAAGAAAAAACCAGUGCUUUGAAGCAUGAUUUCACAGACGCGUUGCCUAAGUCAAGGUUAAGUUUUUAAAAGCGAGUGGAUUUAAGGUCAGUUUAAAGAAGAAGGUCGGUCGAGAUGGUGGGGGUCUGCAGACGGGCAGAGCCGUGGGGCGGGACAUGCGGCCGCUUGGGACACACUGUGCUUCAGCAAUAACCAGGCUCUUUGCCCGUGUGGGCUCCUCAGACGGCUUCGGCUGGGCCCCGCCAAGGGGGCCUUGUCCUCCUUCCCAAGCCCUGACCUGCAAGAGCUUGGCCUCCAGCCGGGCUGGCAGGUGGUGUGGGGCGGGCUGCUUGAUGGGCUCUGGGUGUCUGCGACCACACAGGGACCCCUGGGGCCUGGGCAUGGAGCAAAAGGCACAGGUACCAAGUGACUUAAGUUUCGUGGCCUGCAGAGCCCUUCCCCCAGGAGCUGGGGGGUGAGGGGAAGGGUGGCCAGGUCCCCUUUACACGUGAGGAAACCGAGGCCUGGAGAGGUGAAGGGCCCCCAGCAUCCCUCAGGGGCCUGGUAGCAGCGAGGCUGAGGACCUGGAAUGUGAAAAAGUGCCCCAUGUUUCCAAGGGGCUGGACUCCAGAGGCACAGCCCGGCUGCUGGCCUCUGCUGGCACCAUGGACUGGGCUGGCGCGGUGGUCAGACCUGCAAGUGCCCCUGGGCCUCUGGAGCCUCAGCAGUGCGGGUGGCGGGCCACUGUGAGGAUUCCGAGGUGAUGCCCAAGCCCUGGGCUCCCUCCCAGGACAGUAGCCUCCAGGGCGAGGGGGCGCCGGGCCUUCCCCCUCGGGGAGCAGGUGACCUCAUAGGGUCUUGUCCCCCCUGCUCUGGGCGGCCCUGCGGCUGGUGGGGGAGGCUGGGUGCACAUCCAAUGCUGCCCACUCCAGAGAGCCAUGUGCGGGCCUCCCUGCCCUGCUGAGCGUCACUAUGGGGGUGCUAAUUAUGGGGGCACUCGUCUGGGGAAGGAGAGGGCGCAGGUGGGCCUGUCUGCCCCGAGCAGCCAUAGUUGGAGGGGAGGCGCCCCCACAUUAGUUGUGCCCGUCAGCACGUUCCUGAAGGGACGCGUGUGCCGUGUGCUGGAGCUGGGAAGAGGGGCUCCGGACCUGGGAAGACCGCGUGGAGGACGGGCUGGGGCUCGAGGGGAUGGCAUCUGACGCUGGUCAGCAGCUUCCGUUUUCUGGCCCCAGGUGUCACCCUGUUUCAUCGGCACAGUGGCCCUGAGCCCUGUGCACUGUUGCGUGACUAGCCUGGUGUCACCUGGUGUUAUAAGUGAUGGGGCAGGGAAUACAUCCUGGGUGUGUCUGACAUGACACCAUCCCUUUACCCUGAACCCUAGGACCCCAGAACAAGCAGACACGUGGGGAGGGCAGUUGAGGCAAGGGGACGGGCCUGAGAGAGGGUGCAUCUGGGUGGCCGAUGGGGCAUGUCUAGAGGGAGGAGCAGCUGAGCCUAGAGGAGAAGCCUGGCCGGGGACCUCCUGAGACUUGGGGAUGUUCCCAGAGGGUCAAACAUACUGUUUCCAGCCACUUGGCCUUGUUUCUGUGAGCUGUGGGGGCUGGGGACCCAGGAAGCUGUGAUUGGCUGGCCAGGACAAGCCCCGGUGGAGAAGGGCUGGGUGAGUGGCCCCUCCGCUCUGCCUGAUCCCGUGGCCUGUCCAUCACAAAAGCACAAACUUACCUUAACGCACACGGCCUGGCCCUGGGGAGAGUGGGGACCCUGGUGCCGGACACCCCAAGCUGUGUGUUUGCAGGGCUCCGCACAGUGGUGGCUGGCAGGCACCUCAGCAUCUGCACAGAUGGACCUGAGACCAGACAAUGGACCCGAGACCAGACGGGCCCGUGGCCUACCCUGGCCAAACCCUCUUCCUGUCCCCUGCUCGGUCUUCUGCGCCAGGCAGCCCCCUAAAGGAUGAAGUGUGCACAGUAUCAGCCCUGCAGAUCCCGGAGCCCUCUGUGUCCAGGGCCACCUUCGGCCCCCUUUGCUGCGCCGUGUAAGGGCUUGGGGUCUUAGAAGCCGCUGUUUAGCCCAGAUACACGUACUCUUUUUGUCUUUGUGCAAUAAUCAGUGUUCCUGGCAGAGCCGGGUCCGAGCUGGGGCCCAGGGAGGAGGCAGAGACCGCCUCUUCCAGGAAGCCCUGGGCCUGGCCCUGCCGCUGUAACUAUCGCACCCCCAGUCGCUGUACAGUUUCUAUGGUGUGAAUGAACUUCCCUCCUAGUUGCUGAUGGCACUGGUCCCUGCUGGCCCAGAUGGCCCAGGCAUAGAGAAACCAAGUGGCAGCCGCCACUAGUGUUGUUUUGAAUAAAAACCCAGAAGCCUAUUUCAGAAUUUC